CUUGUUUACAAAUACCUGCUGUCAGAAACUGGUCACGCAGUAGCGAUUGUAUGUUUUGCCGCACAAUGGAAGGGGAAACAUAAAUAUUACGUUCGAGAGCUAUUCUCUUGGGUGUUGUAUGAGCAGAGACCAAGCCCCGCAGGUGUGGAGUUACGUCGGCAAGUCCCAUGGCGGAGGGAGGCACCAAGCUGACACUGAGGCGCCUGGAGGCUCCCAUUCACAAGUUCAUUAAAGUGGCUCUACCCACUGACCUGGAGCGGCUCCAGAAACACCACAACAACAUACUGAAGUACCAGCAAGGCCAACAAUGGGGCCGCCUUCAUCAGGAGCACAUAAAUGCCAGCCGAACAGUUCAGCAACUGCGAGCCAACAUCAGAGAGAUGGAGAAGCUGUGCACCCGUGUCCGCGCAGAAGACGCCGCAGCUCUGGAGAGGCUCAUCAAACCGGUCAAGGACAGGGCGUCGGCCGCUGCGCGAGACUUCCUGCAGUUGCACUCCAACCCCGCCCUUGAGCCCACGCCGUCUUCGGCGCCACCUGACUCCGCUCGGCCGUCCGGCUGUCGGCCCGGCGCUGUUGACGACAUAGCCGAGGAGUUUGUUUCUGGCUGGCAAAUUCAGUCCCAGCUGCCGGAGAUCCCCGUAGAAGAGAGUGCUGCUGAGUCUUGGGAAAACCUGGAAGAGGAUCUGAAGCAGCUGAGUGGUUUGGUGACAAGCUUUUCAGUGAUCGUCCACUCCCAGCAGGAGAAGAUUGACAGCAUUGAGGACAACGUCAACACGGCGGCUGCCAAUGUGUCGGAGGGGUCCAAGAGCCUGCGGAAGGCGGUGGGCUACAAGUUGGCCAUCUUUCCUCUGGCCGGGGCGCUCCUUGGCGGCGCCCUAGCGGGUCCGCUGGGCCUGCUGAUCGGACUCAAAACCGCUGGCAUGGCCGCCGUGGGAGGCAGCGCCCUGGGCUUCGCCGGGGGCAGCCUGGUCAAGAGUCACCGCAAAAGCCUGUUAGCGCUGCAGAUGAAGCAGCUGACGGCGCCACCGGUUGACGCCGGGUCAGGCAAGGAAGAGUGAGCGGCGGAGUUUAUGGCCGGCCACGGGACGCCUGAUAGUCCUUGUGAGCUGCGAAACUAUUACGGAGUCAGGGUGUUGGGCGUUGCUGUUCUGUCCCGCUGGCCUGUGUCCUGACCCAAAGCCCCCUUCCCCGGACGUGCGUCCCCACCCCACCCCUCGAGGCGUGGCAUUGAGUCCAAAAGGGUGAGUGGAAGGAAAGGCGGCUGAGGUCACAGCUCGUCGCGGUCCCGUCUGAGGAUGGUGUAGCGAGUCUCGCUGGGCGCCAGCUUUUGGAAGGAGCUCUGUGGGGGGCUGCUGGCCGCGUCGCCCCUGACCUCCUCCUGACAACAAACACAAACGCCAAGCAAUUGAAUAAAUUAAUUCAUCAAGGGUGACGUGAGCAUCUUUUGCUAAGAGGAGUGUCACAUGGCUAAAACAAUCUCUCUGCAUUUUAUGAGCUCUGUUCAAAGUACAUUGGUGCCUUAAUAUUCGCUCUAUAAGUCGUAACUCAAAACACAAAUCAUCUUUCGCCAUUGAAAUGAAUGGAAAUGCCAUUAAUCAUUUCCUGCCUCCCAAAAAAAAAAAUUAAAUACUAGACCACCUUAUUUUGUUCAAUUUCAAUUCCUGGUACCAACAAACAUGGAAUGCCAAAAAGUAAUGUUUUUGGCAGUACAAUGCCGUAGCUACUGAUGUCAGAACUUGUGAUUUUGGUUUUCUUCACUAAAUAUAACCACUUGGAGUAAUGAGGAGAAUGCAUUUCUACACGGAGUGGUGUGUGAGUCUGCAGUAGCAUUAGUCCGUGGUGGAAAAUUAUCACUGCCAAGCUUCCUGGCAGAGAUUUUGUAAUUCGAUAAAUGGUUUCAAAGAAAUUCUAAACUGAGCGAUAUUAGCAAUGGGAACUUUUUUUUUAACACUGCUCUUGUAUUGGAUCUCAUUAGAUUGUGUUUGGUGAUUGCGAGGUAAUCAAGGCCUAAACGUUGCUUGCAUCUUCAUACGUGCGCGCGCCCAGACCUGUCCGGGGGUGCUGUCUGUGGGGUCGGGACCGUGGUGGAACUCUCGGUGUAGUUUUCCGGAGUGAAGGUCCAACACGAACUGUUUCAGCUGGCCGGGAAUACUGGAACGAUUCAGCACACAGAACACACGGUGAACCCACGGGACAUUCCAACACUGCCGCAUACAUUCCACAGAUCCAGUCCAACCCGUUGUAAAGGACAACGAGAGACACUCGUGACAUGACGCCGCAUUAAUCCAAAAAGCAUCUUAUUAAUGACAGGUCAUGAGCGGCUUGCGUGUUACAAGGGCGGCGGCCGGUCCCCCGGUGGAGCUUGUGUGUGUCUAGCAUUAGUGCAUACAUACAACAUAUGCUGCGCUAAUGCAAUUUCAAGCUGUGUGCCACACGCGGCGCUGAUGUGAUGCAAUUAGGCCGAGCGAGGCCGGUCAGUCCUCGGGGCUUGUGUCUAUGUGAUCGGGCUCUGAUUGGGGAGGAGAGGAGGAUAAAUAAGGGGGAGCAGAAUAAAUAAGAGCGCAUUUGAUUAGAAUGGAUUAGUUAGCACUUAUUGCCUGCGCCAAAUCAUGUCACAUUAGCGCCGCUGUCCUGGCGCAUUCAUAAAGGACACGUUUUUGAAGGACCUGACAUUUUUUGGCUGGUGUGCAAUUGCAGAUAACGUGCGUGUGCAUGUGCACGCGCGUGUAAUAAAAGCUGCUUUAUUUAGGCAGAUGAGAACAAUGGUGGCCCCGUGACAUCAUUAAGCGUGGAGACGAGGCACAAGUCAGAUUUGUGGUCAGCUUUCAUUAAAUUUGCUUGAUCGGUUUGACAUGAUGUGAUUACUGCAAUAAUACUGGUGCAGACGUACCAGUUGAUGCCAAUUAAACAACAAAAUAAAGAAUGUUGUUUUAUUUCAACUUUUUUGGAGGACACACACAAGCCAAAAUAUUAGGGACAUUUAAGAGUUCAAGUUAAAAAAAAAACGACAUGCUGGCUAGUAAAGGGGAUUCAUUUUACAAUGUUUAUUACUGUGGUUGUAGUUAACAGUAGUGUAGAGUACAAUCCAACUACAUCAUACUGAUGGAAUAAUUUUG